ACAAACCUUUUAGGACAAAAACAACAAACACAUCUCUGGAUUUGUCUUUACAAUCUUGUCUUGACUUCAGUUCUUGCUCAAUUCCGACAUGGAUGCAGACUUCUUCUUAACCGACUUCUCACUCGAAAACAUCGAUUUCGACUUUAAUAUUUACGAAGAGAUGAAUGUAUCACCUGUUGAAGCGAGCAUGCAUACACAAAGAGGUCAGUUUUCAUCAAGUUUCGAUCAUCAAAUGAACCUUGAUCAGCUCACAGAGAAGCCGAAGCCUGCGGUGAAGGAGAUGAUGAUCAACGACAAGCCACGAGUGAUUUCUUUCGAUUUCUCUAGUAAUGUUUCUUCUUCUCUAGCUGAGGAAGAUAUUCUCAUGGAUCGAUUGGUUAGAUGUGGAAGCAAAAGAAAAGCAUGUUCUUCUUCCACAAGAUCUCCGACUCUCGCCAAAGAACAUGUUAUAGCCGAGAGAAAGCGUCGUGAGAAGCUUUCCGAAAAAUUCAUUGCCCUCUCAGCACUUCUUCCUGGUCUUAAGAAGGCGGACAAGAUUACGGUUCUUGAUGACGCGAUUUCACGUGUGAAACAACUCCAAGAACAAAUAAGAAAGCUCAAUGAAGAGAAAGAAGCAAGAAGAGAAAUGGAAUCCAUGAUUCUUGUGAAGAAAUCUAAAGUGCUUUUCGAUGAGGAACCAUACCUAUCAUCAUCUUCUUCCUCUUCAUCUCAUGCUAAAUUUGAUCAACUGUUGCCUGAAAUUGAGGCUAAAGUAGUCCAAAAAGAAGUUCUAAUCCGAAUCCACUGCGAGAAGAGAAAAGGGUGCAUGAUUAACAUACUAAACACGAUUGAGAAUCUUCAUUUGCGCAUAGAAAAUAGUAUUGUAUUACCAUUUGGAGACUCUACCCUUGACAUUACAGUCCUUGCCCAGAUGGGGAAAGAUUUUUCAGUGUGUGCAGUUAAGGAUCUUGUAAGGAACUUGAGACUCUCAAUGGUUUAGUCUUCUUUGAAGUUUUAGUACCUGACUAUACACCAAUGCCAAUGGUUUGGCUGUGGAGAUUGAAACGACCCAUUUACCUCGAUUUGCUGCCGUUUUCUUGUAAUUUCACUCUUUAUAGUCUUUUUCACAUGUGCAGUAUCACGUCUGUUUGGUGUAUUUUCUAGGUGAAGUUAUCGCCUUCCUCAUUGGUUGAAACUAAAGGGGUUAUUUUCGAGAAUGAACGUUGAGCAUUAAUGUAAAUUAAUACUUGUUGUUGAAUAUUGCCUUCCCAUCUGUAAAUUAAAUAAAAGGAAAU